UUUUUUUGUUAGCAGUGUCUGAAAUGGGGGUUGCAGGACCAUCACCUAUUGCAGAGCUCGGUCGGUCUUCAAAGUUUUACCUUUACUUUUUAGAAAUCUCGAUAUUCAGUUUGGCAGUAUCUGAAAUAGGAAUCGGAAUCGGAAGCGCAGCGUCUGAAAACCCACUAUGGCGUGGUACGAUGGGAUCUGUUUUCUUUCUGUUUGUAACGUUGUCGAUAGGGUGAAAUAGAGCAGAUUAUGAAAAGCAAAUUGUAGUCACAUUGCUUUGCGUUGUUUGUUGUGUCGUUCGUAUCGUUUUUGCGUCGUACCUUGGGUCGUUGCAUCACAAUUUCUUGUUUUGCAUCGUUUCUUCCGAUCUUCCGAAGCUUCGCGUCGUAUUGCACACACACUGCAUUGCAUCAAUCAUAGCGCUCUCGCGCAACGUGUGACGGUGUGACAUGAUAUCAUCAUUGUAUCUAAGUCCUACAACUACAUUCAUCUUAUCUUCUUACUACUACAAUCAUGUUGUCUUCUCUCUUUUUCAUCAUCGCAAUCUCAGUUUUUACAGGACCUCUGCCGAUUUUUCGUCUCCCACUGAGGCCAUAGAGUUCGAAAGGGUGGGUAGUAUAUGCG